GUAGCCGUCGCCGCUGCCGCUGCUUCGAACAUAACACAUCCUCAGUAGCAAGUAGACCGUUGCACGAGACGCUCUCUUCCUGUGCGUGACUCCUAUUUAGAAUACACCGAAUCGUGUGUACUAAGUGACUGCCGACAACUCUCUGUUGUACUAUAAGUGUAGUAGCGCGCGCGUUUCUCGACUGAUAACACACGCGCACCGAGAGUGAGAAGAUCAAUCCACCAUGUCCACGGAGACGAUGACUUACAAGCUGGGCGAUCUUGUCUGGGCCAAAAUGAAGGGGUACUCGCCGUGGCCAGGCCGUGUAUCAAACCCCAUCAAAGAUAUGAAAAAACCAGCUACUACAAAGAAGAUUCCUAUAUAUUGCAUAUACUUCUUUGGAACAAAUAACUAUGGAUGGAUUGAUGAAGCUAAUAUUAAACCAUAUCAAGAGCACAAGGAACAGUGCAAACAAAUGUGUAAAACAGCUAAUUUCAAAGAAGCUUGCGAUACUAUCGAAAACUUCAUAAGUGGUGGUGAAGUUUGGGAAGACAAUUUAGAUUCAAAUGCUCUAUUUGACAAACUCAAAGAAGAAGAAACUAACAAUACUUCAUCUAUUGAAAGAAAAACCCCAAAGAUCAAACCAAAAAAGGAAACUCCGAAAGAAAGAAAAAGGGAAAGCCUUACUGGAAGUGUUGGUCGACCACCUAAAAAACAGAGGACAGACUCUACUUCCAGCAACAAUCGUUUGGGCAGCUUAAGUCCUGUUCUCAAUCACUCAGCUACCGCGAAAAGGCCUGGAUCUUUACUUAAUCGACCCACUCAUAUUUCCAAACCUGAAACUCCCCCAUUAGAUGUAGCAACUGUAUCUCAAGCUCUCAAAGAUAAAAAUAUCCAAGCAUCAGACUUGAAAUUUGGAUUUCUUGGUUUGGGUAUCAUGGGCAGUGGAAUAGUUAAGAAUUUAUUGAACAGUGGACAUAAAGUUGUGAUUUGGAACAGGUCAAAUGAGAAGUGCAACGAUUUUGUCGAGGCCGGAGCUGAAAAGGGUCUCACUCCCGCAGAUGUUGUCGCCAUGUCUGACAUUACUUUCUCUUGCGUAGCAGAUCCCCAAGCUGCCAAAGAGAUGGUUUUUGGCAAUUGCGGAGUAUUAUCGGAAAUCACGACGGACAAGGGCUACGUCGAGAUGACGAGCAUCGACGCCGAAACAUCGGCCGACAUCUGCGAGGCGAUCAUGGCCAAGGGUGCGCGUUACCUCGAGGCUCAGGUGCAAGGCAGCAAACCUCAGGCCGAGGAAGGCAAUCUGGUGAUCCUCGGCGCUGGCGAUCGGCAAUUGUUCGACGACUGCAACAGCUGCUUCCAAGCAAUGGGCAAAAACGCCAUCUAUCUGGGCGAAGUGGGCAAUGCUUCGAAAAUGAACUUGGUACUUCAAACGAUGACUGGAAUUUGCUUGGUUGGAUUAGCUGAGAGCAUGGCUCUGGCCGAUCGUGCCGGUCUGCAACAGAAGGACGUGUUGGAGAUUAUGGAAAUGACAUCAUUGGCAAGCCCGCUGCUUACGGAGAAGGGAAAAGCCAUAAUUGAGGGAGGAUUCCCAACACAAAUGCCUUUGCAACACAUGCAAAAAGACCUCCGCCUGGGACUCAGUAUGAGCGAUAGUCUUGAACAGCCUUUACCAUUAGCGGCUAUAGCAAAUGAAACUUAUAAACACGCCAAACGUCUUGGAUAUGGUACACAUGACGCUUCGGCCGUUUAUAUUCGUGCAAGAUUUUAAUAACUAAUGUAUCCACACGAAUUGCUCAAAAAGUUUGAUGGCUUGACAAAAAUAUUAAAAAUUUUAAGUUGGUAAAUAAAUUGGAUGAAGUAGAUCUUAUAAAUUGCCCGAUAUGUUAACUUUUAGAACCGAUACAUGUUACGCGAAAUUUUAAGAAAGACUAUCUUAAAACUUAUCUUUCUUGCAAAAAUUCGCGCGUGCAGGGUAAGUUAUUUAAUUGGUAAUUUAAAGGAAUUUUUGUAAAAAAUUCAAGAAGAAAUAUCCGUUGUCUUAAAGUAUUUGUAAUGAUUUGAGCAGUGUCAAGUUUGCAUCUAACAUCGAUACUGUGCAUUUUUAUAUUGUACCUACGUUUAAAAAUUCAAUUUUCCAUCAAUUUUGUAAAAAAAAAACUUCCAUUCAACAAUUAUCGUACAUUUUGUAAUGUAUUUUUUUCGGCUUGUACUAAUUUUUUGACACGCUCGCAUUAAUUUCAAGCGUGAGUAUUUGUUGCUUUUGUUGCACAGUACCAUAAUAAAAUUUUCUUUAUGAAAGUAAUUGGACGAGCUUUUUGUAAUAUAUUAUGUGUUUUUAGUGGUCGUGCUAACGUACAAUUUUUGAAAUCGUCUAUCGUUAAUAUUUAGUGCGACUCGUCAAAAUGAUAGAAUCAAAUUUCACACUUCGAAAUGAAUUCAUCUUUCAAUGAAUUUAUUACUUUCAAGUGCCUUAAUGAGUUUUUAAUGUAUCAUUUGUCAAAAUGCUUUAAUGCAUGAAUCGAACAUAAUGUUUUACAUUUAUGUGUCGAUUUCUGUUUUCAUUAUUAAUUCAGGGCACUUUUGCGAAAUAGUAUAUCUUAUUGAAACAUCCUUUUCGUUCUAGAGUUUUGUUUGACGAGUCAAACGUAAUAUCUAAACAACCUAGAAACACACAUUGUAUAACCAAAAAGAAACUAUUACAUUUUCUAUAAUCUAUUUUAAUUUUUAAUCGUAAAUAUAUCAAUAUUAGUAUAAAAGUAUGUUUUUGGUGAUUAUAUGCUAUGGUUAUUGAUAAAAUUAAUAAAACUUUUUUUAAUAUUAAAA